ACCAAGGGCAAGCCUGGAAGGCCCGUAAUCAAGGCUGAUACAUCUUUCAAAAANCCUGAGCUGAGCAAAGACAAGAGCGAGAUCAUCAUCGGUCUCCUGAGCAAUCUUUUGGAACCGGUUGGGAGACAUCGAGUUGCACAUACUGCAAAAUCCUCGAGCAAAAAGUCAAAGAAGCGCAAGAGGAUGUCUGAGCAGAGUCCCAGCCCAGCUGUUGAACGUCGCCCGAUGGAGCCGGACAUCCUGAAAUAUCUGACUGUGGGUCUGAACAUGACGAGCCGCCAUCUGGAAACCGAGGCUGCUUUGUCGAAACUUGGAGCAAUGCCUACCACAGACAAGGAGAUCAAACUAGCAGAGCAAACGACCAGAAAAAGUCUGGCUGUCGUGUUUCUCCCAAAGCCAAAGGACAACCUGGUGUAUGCGCAUUUGCCUUUGUUGUGUUAUACAUCCUCAGCCACAAAGAAGGACAAGGCACAGCACACUCGUCUGGUUCUCUUGAACCCUUCAUGUGAACGUACGAUCGCCACGGCAAUGGGCCUCCCUCGAGCUGGUGUAAUUGGUGUCUUUGAAGAUGCGCCGGGUGCUGCGCCUCUCUUGACAUACGUACGGGAGAAUGUAGAUCCUGUCGAAGUUCUUUGGCUGGAGAAAGCGCUUUCCGGUCAGUGGAUGGGUAUGAAUGUCGAGACCCAUGUACCUGGUCAAGCA